AUGUGUCAAGUGACCACCAAUUUUGGACACAGCAGAUCUAGCUCACCCUUAGGUGGUCUCAUCAGGCAGGGCUCCUGGCACCGAAACCUGCUUUUGUCGGCAAGUGCAGACCAGGGAGGCUCAGAGAGGGACAACGCCUGCCCGGGUCAUCCAGCAGGCUUGCAGGCUAGAGCACUCCCCCACCCCGAGCUAGCUAGCGGCCCAGUUCGAUGGGGAGCAGAACUUUCCCCCAGGCUGCAGGGCCCUGACCAGUAUUUCUUUUCCUGCGCAGAGCACCAGUCACCAGGGCUGCAGGCCGGCUCCACUGAUGAGAAACUCACGGCCAAGUACCCUGCGAGCAGGGACAAGAGGGGAAGCCAUCAGGAAAGAGCCGGCGAGGGGGCCCUCUGCCCAUCGUUCUCUCCUCACAGUGGCUCUUCCCCAACCCCCUGCUCCUGCCCGCUGCUCACUCCCAUCUCCAAAGAACUCCCAUUCUGCCUCCACUCCUUCUAUCCUGAGUAUCCACUUCUGCCUCCACCUCACCUGUUCACCUAUGGGGCCCUACCUUCUGUCCAAUAUCCCCUCAUCUUCAUGCUGCCCCCAGACCCUUCCUACCCCAACAAGGCUAUGCCCAGCUUGCUGAUAAGUGUCAAUGAACCUGGGCACCCUACUGCUCAGAGGGAGACACUGUGUCCUUACCCAGGGGCCCCCCAAGCCUCUGGCCAAAGCCAACCUUCCCAGGCCCGGAGUCAAGGUCCUGGAGCUGCCAGGACCCACUCCCCAGGGCCAAAGAGCGCGGGCAGGGCGGCUCCAGCAAGGCGGGCGCCCACGGGCUCCCGGCCAGGCACCAAAGCUCUGCCUUACCCACUGAAGAAAGAGAACGGCAAGGUCCUGUAUAAGUGCAACGUGUGCAGCAAGAGCUUCGGACAGCUCUCCAACCUCAAGGUCCAUCUGCGUGUGCACAGUGGGGAGCGCCCAUUCCAGUGUGCCCUGUGCCAGAAGAGCUUCACCCAGCUCGCCCACCUGCAGAAGCACCACUUAGUGCAUACUGGGGAGCGGCCCCAUGAAUGCCUGGUGAGAGCCUACUUCCCCUCCCCCGUACUCCUGCAGGCUGGUGAGUAGUUCCAGGCACCUGGACAGAUGGCCCCUGUA